UUACAAGUUGGAAAAUUGAAUAAGAUGACCAGAAAACAUGCCAUCAGGAAUAUGGCGGUUCCUAGACAAGCUGAGCAAGAAGGGAUAUUCCACUCUGGCGGUAUGAAGCGGAUGAAUUCCGUAUUAGUUAAUCAGCAGCAAAGAUUUGGGAUUAGAGCUCACUGUGCUUGUGUUUCGUAG